CGAUGAUGUGGAUGUGAAACAACUAAACUGGUGGAAGUGAGGGUCUAGUGCCAUCAGUUUCCCCAGUCUCGAUACCGUUGUCGAAGCGGAGAUAACGGAAUGACCAAAAUAGUGGAUGUGAGGGUCUAGUAACCGACACGUGGCGCACUUAGUCUUUUAACAUUACCAAACAUUGUUUAUAUUUCAAUAUACUUCGGUCCAGCACCAACAAAUUCAGUUACCAAAAGCUGAAUCACGAUCCAGAAGCAGAGGUAAAGUUUAACCUUUGGGGGUCUCACAUCAAUGGUGACUGAUGACAUUUCCAGUGGAGAAACGGAGAGAUGGAAAGCCUUAGUAGCCCCUUAUAAUAAAGGGUGCAACCUGAAUGUGAAGUCUGCAGGAUGGGAGUUUUCAAUAGGCAGGACAUAUGCCAGAAUGAACUCAUAUGACAAGUGAUUGAAAACUGCAUCUCAUUUUUUGAAAGGUUCUCACUUUCUCUGAAACUUCUAUUCUGAAACAGAAUUUCAUAAUUUCAGCCGAAACAAUAGACCUCCACACGAAACCACGCAAGAACUGAUCAAAAGAUGCACCUCGUUGUUAAGGCGACAUCGCGUUGAAUCGUCGGUCAACUGGUAUCAGCUUCUCUCGCUUCUCGCUAGCCACUCCUACCCCAUAAACCCUGUUCCACAUUCCUCAAUGAUAAAGGUAUCCGAUAUUGAACUUUGGAUCAUGGGAUAUGAGUUACAAAUUGUAGUAGUUGAGAACUGGUCUAAGAUUCUCAUUUUACACAACGGAAAGAUGAACAUAUAAAUGAGGGAGGGUAGGUACCCAAAUGCCAUUCCAUCAGAUUCUACACGUCGAAGAGCUACAGAUUUCUUCGUACGCGUCAUCUUGAAGCACAUCCGCCGGGGUAUUACGCUCUCUUUCCUCGACCUCUGAAUUCAAAUUCCUGGCUUUGAAUGCCAUCUUCCGUUCUUAUAUUCGCUCUCUUUAGCCUUUUGUUUUUCACACUAUCCCCUUAGAAUGUGCAUCCGCCACAUCCAGCCCUUCCCUUCGCCUCAUUGUCAAUCCCAAUUCGUCCCCUUGCAACUCAUACACCCACCAAGACACGUCGUUCUGAAGGAAAUAGAUUUUUGUUCAGGAUACGAUAUGUCGAACUAUUUAACAUGCCCAAGAGGAUUAGAGGAAGUUGUUUGGGAGAUCUGGCCAAUGAAGCAGGCUUGUUGCGAUUGUGAAAUAGAAUUGGGAGAAGGCAUGGGGAGAUUGAAUUUGUAAUGAUGGCAUUGGGAGAGUGGUGAUGUGAAACGGGGGGAAGAGCGAGUCUGACUCUAUCAAGCUUAUGCGUCGCCGAUUCAACCGAGCCAUCUAAUUACCCCCUUUCCUCGUUCUCUCUUCAUAUACUCGAGUAAUAGUGCGCGAUGUGUGGGUCAACUUUAUUUUGUUUUUCUAAAUUGCUCACGAUGGAACCACGCAGGAGUUUGGACUAAGAUUGUUUGUACUGCGGCAUGCUUUAACAGGGGUUAUGGGUUUUAUUAUUCUUAAGUUUUUCUACUACUAAAUCAACUCUGCUGGAACGGAAUUGGUUAUCUCGGUCUUUACAUUAUGUAUUUUCUAUGGCUUGGAUGAAUGGAUUUGGAAUUUGGACAGGGAAAUGAGUUGGUAAUACUGGUGCAAUACGAACGGAUCGUUAGGAAUUAAUGGCAGGCAGGCAUGGAGCGCUCAUAGCUAAUUGAUCUUGAAAUUUAUUACUUCU